AUGGCUGACGAAAUUCAGUGCACUGGUCCCGUCGACAACGGCAGUGGAUCGAUCGGUCUGCGUAUCGGUGCCAUCUUUAUCAUUUGGGCAUCGUCCACGGCCUUGACCCUUUUCCCUAUCGUUACACGUCGUAUUCCGCGACUCUCCAUCAACCGCGAAGCUUUCGAUUUUGCCAAAUACUUCGGUUCUGGUGUCAUUAUCGCCACUGCUUUCAUCCAUCUCUUAGCACCUGCCGCGAGUGAUGAGGAGCUCGGAUCGCCAUGUCUUAGCAGCGAUUUCCAGAACUAUCCCUUCGCUUUUGCAUUUGCCAUGAUCGCCAUGUUCGCUGUUUUUGUCGUCGAGGUGCUCGCCUUCCGGGUUGGAAGCCAAUACGCCAAUAAGCUCGCCUACGACUCCCAUGCUGGUGGUCACCAUCACGCCAUGGAGCAUGGCGGCAACCCCAACCUCGCUCAAGAAGAACAGCACAACCACAACGCAAUCAAGUCAGUCUCUUCGGACGACGUUGAAAACGCUGCUGCUGUUCCUGGUGCCGACUCAGCCGCCGAGGCCAAAAUGGUCGCUGACUCGAGUUCAACCGCUUCUACCAAACUUGAUCUCACUACCCAAGCAUCUGAAAUCCUCGGCGUCAUGAUCCUAGAGUUUGGCGUCGUGUUCCAUUCGAUCAUCAUCGGUAUCACCCUCGGCACCACCUCCGACUUUACCGUCCUCUUUAUCGUCAUCAUUUUCCACCAAAUGUUCGAGGGUCUCGGUCUGGGUACCCGUCUCGCAUUCCUUCCUCUCGGCAUGAAGUCGUGGAUUCCAACACUGGGAGCUAUCCUCUACGGUCUCGUCACUCCCAUCGGUAUCGCUAUUGGUCUCGGUGUACGUCACACUUACAACGGCGACUCGGCCACCGCCGCCUACGUCACCGGUAUCUUUGACUCGGUCUCGGCGGGUAUCCUCCUCUACACGGGUACUGUUGAACUGCUUGCACACGAGUUCAUCUUCAACGACAAGAUGCGCAACGCGCCUCUCAAGAAGGUUGUCAUCAGCAUUCUCGAGAUGCUCACCGGCGCUGGUCUCAUGGCGCUGCUCGGACGAUGGGCAUGA